AUGGAGCCUCCACUGCCGGAGCUGCCUCCUCCUCCGUACCCUGAGCCUCCACCACAGAUGGAGCCACCACUGCCAGAACUUGAUCCACGUCUACCAGAGCUGUGGCCACCUCCAGAGAUGGAGCCUCCACUGCCGGAGCUGCCUCCUCCUCCGUACCCUGAGCCUCCACCACAGAUGGAGCCACCACUGCCAGAACUUGAUCCACGUCUACCAGAGCUGUGGCCACCUCCAGAGAUGGAGCCUCCACUGCCGGAGCUGCCUCCUCCUCCAUACCCUGAGCCUCCACCACAGAUGGAGCCACCACUGCCAGAGCUCAUUCCUCCAUGA